AUGCCCGUGGCUGAGGCCCCCCAGGUUGCUGGUGGGCAGGGCGACGGAGGCGAUGGCGAGGAGGCAGAGCCGGAGGGGAUGUUCAAGGCCGCUGAGGACUCGAAGAGAAAAGUCCGGGACUACCUCCGCCUGGUGCCCCUGUGGCUGGCCCUGGUCAUGCUGGCUUCAGGAAGUUUCCUGCUCUGGUAUUUCCUAGGGUCCAAGGCAGAGGUGACCGUCAGCCAGGUGUACUCAGGCAGCCUCCGCGUGCUCAAUCGCCACUUCUCCCAGGACCUUGCCCACCGGGAGUCCAGUGCCUUCCGCAGUGAAACGGCCAAAGCCCAGGAAAUGCUCAAGGCCCUCCUCGCUAGCACACCCCUGGGCACUUACUACAACUCCAGCUCCGUCUACUCCUUUGGGGAGGGACCCCUCACCUGCUUCUUCUGGUUCAUCCUCCAAAUCCCCGAGCACCGCCAGCGGAUGCUGAGCGCCGAGGUGGUGCGGACACUGCUGGUGGAGGAGCUGCUGUCCACGGCCAACAGCUCGGGCCCCGCUCCCUACCGGGCGGAGUAUGAGCCGGACCCCGAAGGCCUGGUGAUCCUGGAAGCCAGCAUAAGAGACCUAGUUGCACUGAAUUCCACUCUGGGCUGCUACCGAUACAGCUACGUGGGCCGGGGCCAGGUCCUCCAGCUGAAGGGGCCCGACUACCUGGUCUCCAGCUGCCUGUGGCACCUGCAGGGCCCCGAGGAUCUCAUGCUCAAACUCCGGCUGGAGUGGACGCUGGCCGACUGCCGGGACCGGCUGGCCAUGUACGACGUGGCUGGGCCCCUGGAAAAGAGGCUCAUCACCUCGGUCUAUGGCUGCAGCCGCCAGGAGCCCGUGGUGGAGGUCCUGGCGUCGGGCGCCAUCAUGGCGGUGGUCUGGAAGAAGGGUCUACACAGCUACUACGACCCCUUCGUGCUCUCUGUGCAGUCCGUGGCCUUCCAGGCCUGCGAGGUGAACCUGACCCUGGACGGCCAGCUGGAGACAAAGGGCGUCCUCAGCACACCGUACUUCCCCAGCUACUACUCGCCCAGCACCCACUGCUCCUGGCACCUCAUGGUACCCUCCCUCGACUACGGCCUGGCCCUCUGGUUUGACGCCUACGCACUGCGGAGGCAGAAGUACGACCUGCCCUGCACCCAGGGCCAGUGGACGAUCCAGAACCGGAGGCUGUGUGGCCUGCGCACCCUGCAGCCCUAUGCCGAGAGGAUUCCCGUGGUGGCCAGCACCGGCAUCACCAUCAACUUCACCUCCCAGAUCUCCCUCACGGGGCCCGGCGUGCAGGUGCACUACGGCUUGUACAACCAGUCGGACCCUUGCCCUGGAGAGUUCCUCUGCUCUGUGAACGGCCUCUGUGUGCCUGCCUGUGACGGGGUCAAGGACUGCCCCAACGGCCUGGACGAGAGAAACUGCGUUUGCAGAGCCACAUUCCAGUGCCAAGAGGACAGCUCGUGCAUCUCACUGGCCAGGGUCUGUGACGGGCAGCCCCACUGCCCCAACGGGAGUGAUGAAGAUCAGUGCCAGGAAGGGGUGUCCUGUGGGACGUUCACGUUCCAGUGUGAGGAUCGGAGCUGCGUGAAGAAGCCCAACCCGCAGUGUGACGGGCGGCCCGACUGCAGGGACGGCUCCGAUGAGCAGCACUGUGAUUGCGGCCUCCAGGGCCCCUCUGGCCGCAUUGUGGGUGGGGCCGUGUCCUCGGAGGGUGAGUGGCCUUGGCAGGCAAGCCUCCAGGUUCGGGGCCGACACAUCUGUGGGGGGGCCCUCAUCGCUGACCGCUGGGUGAUAACAGCUGCCCACUGCUUCCAGGAGGACAGCAUGGCCUCCCCAGCGCUGUGGACGGUUUUCCUGGGCAAGGUGUGGCAGAGCUCACGCUGGCCCGGCGAGGUGUCCUUCAAGGUGAGCCGCCUGCUCCUGCACCCUUACCACGAGGAGGACAGCCACGACUACGACGUGGCCCUGCUGCAGCUGGACCACCCCGUGGUGCACUCGGCCGCCAUCCGGCCCGUCUGCCUGCCCGCGCGCUCCCACUUCUUCGAGCCCGGCCUGCACUGCUGGAUCACCGGCUGGGGCGCCCUGCGCGAGGGGGGUGAGCGGGCCUGUGGGGUUAUUAUGGCCCCAUUUUAUGGAUGGAGAAAUGGAGGCUCAGAGACAUUUAGCAAUUGCCCCACCAGCAACGGUCUGCAGAAGGUGGACGUGCAGCUGAUCCCGCAGGACCUGUGCAGUGAGGCCUACCGCUACCAGGUGACGCCCCGCAUGCUGUGUGCCGGCUACCACAAGGGCAAGAAGGAUGCCUGCCAGGGUGACUCGGGCGGCCCACUGGUGUGCAGGGAGCCCAGUGGCCGCUGGUUCCUGGCUGGGCUGGUCAGCUGGGGCCUGGGCUGCGGCCGGCCCAACUACUUUGGUGUCUACACUCGCAUCACAGGUGUGAUUGGCUGGAUCCAGCAGGUGCUGACCUGAGGAGUUGCCCCCUGCAGAGCUAGGGCCCACCUCUUGGACUCAGAGAGCCCAGGGCACCCAUCAGGCAGGGGACAAGUAUUCUGGGGCCGUGGGGCCCUGUGGAAGGAGUGGCAUCUUGUCCCCCAGCCUACUCCCUGACAUCACCCGAGAGAGGGCACGAGGAGGGAGGAGGGCCCUCAGCUGGUGCUCAAGACUUUCCCCGAGUGCCCGGAUGGUCACCCGGGCCUGGCUGGUGGGUUCAUAUCCAGCCUGUCGCCUCUCGAUUCUCUUCUCCUGCCCUGUCCUCCACUGCUGACUCUGGGGGGAAACUGUUCAGCAAUGAGGAUGUGGCCUCCAGGUCGCAGUAGGAGCAUCUGAAGCCUCCACCCCGCCCCACCCCACCCCCAAUGCAGAGGCUGCCUGGGAGUACCCACUCCAGAGAACAGAUUCCAGCCAGUGUCGCCCCAGCCUAACUUGAGAGGUCGGGGUGGAGGGUGCCCCGAGGAGGUGCCCUCAGAGGCCUGGAGACAGCCAAGUGGGCAGCUGCCACUGUGAGCCAAAGGGUGGGGGAGCCCUGGGUCCCGGGUUCUUGCCACACCCCCACCUGCCCCCGGGCCUCCAAUGUCCACUCACCUGGUGAGCUCAGCUGCCUGGAAUAAAACCGCCUGAUCUGAGGCCCGUUUUUGGAGAUUAAAUGAGGCUCUGGGCACCAACCUCAUACCCUUGACUGAGCAGAUUCUGCUUCCUACUCAGCCUGGUUGCCAGCUGUCCGGAGGCCACUGUGGAGUCAGAGGAGGCAGGGUGGCCUCCUGGAUAGCUGCCCAGGCCCCAGGAGCUACCCUAGGAAGGCAAUGGCUGGUGACCCUAGGGGCAAAGAUGUGCUCAUGAUCACACCAGGGGCUAGGAGUGCAGCCUGGUGCAGAAGCCCUGUCACCUGGCUCCUAGUCUACCACCUCCUGCCAGCACAACUCUCCCUUUGCAUCCUGAGUCCUUUACCCAACAAGCAUCUCACAGAUCCCUGCUAAGUGUUAAGUACUGUGCUGGGGCCACAGCCAUUCACAGAACUUGGCUCCUGAUCUCAAGGGGUGGGGAUGACAUACAGUGUGAAGGCUUUGGAGUGGCCCCUAACUCAGGAAGUCAGGGAAGGCUGCCCGGAGAUGACUCGAGUCAGGCUCCAAGGAGGCCAAGGUGGGGAAGGGCAUUCCAGGCAGGGGAACAGCAUGUGCAAAGGUAGUGUCCCAAAAGAACAUGGCAUAUUAGUGAAUAGUACGCUGUUUAGUUAAACAGAGAUUGGGGGGAGCGGGGGACUAAAGAGGAACUGGGAGAGGGGCAAACAGAUCAGAUGUUAAAGAGCUUGGAGUUGAGCUAAGGACUUGACCCGGAUGCUCCGGGGAGCCAUGGAAGGCUCUAUAGCAGGGGAGUGGCACAUGAGUGGAUUCACAUUUUAGAACCACCACUGGCAUAGUGUGGAGGGAGUGGGAGAUAAAGUGGCCAGCGAGGAGGCCACUGCAGAAGCCCAGGCAGAACAGCAUGGGGCCUGCGGGGAAGGACACAGGGUUGAAGGACCCUCAUUACCCACCAAGUGCCUCGGUAGGUGGGGUGGAUGAAGAAGU